AUUAAAUGAGAUGGUGGAUGUAAAUGUGAUUUGAAAAAAUUCCUGGUGUAAUGAAAUGCUGGUAGUAGGCCCUCCCUCCAUGGGGUAACUUACACAGACUUGAUGUCAGAACCAGACGGUUAAAUCCAAACUUCCUCACUUCCUACCUAUGUGAUUUGGGGUUUUCUGAGGCUGUUUCCUCCUCUAUGGAAUUGGAAUAGUGAUAGUUCCUGUCAUGUAGGGACUAAAUGAGGUGCUGAUGUCUGGAAGUUAGCACUGGGCUUUAGUCAGUUUUAGCUGUUGAUAAAGGUACCAUAGCUCAGGAGGCUGUGGCCCAGGAUUUGUGUGGUUAGAGGGGAUUAUUUCUAUGCAGAACUUUACAGAGGGAAUGAAUUGGGUGUUUAACCAAGGCGAGAGAAGACUGGGGGAGACCGAAGGGUGGCAGAGGCAACAUGGCCUAGGGGUUAAGAGCAUAGGCUCUAGAUCCACACUGCUGGGUUCAGAUACGAGCUCAGUGACUAGCUAACCAUGUGACCUUGGGAAAAUUACUUAAUCUCCUUGGACUUCAGAUUUCUCACAGUAAAAUGGGGAUUAUAAUAGUUCCUACCUAAUAAGGUUGUUGAGAGGAUAAUAUGGGUUAAUAUGUAAAAGGCUCUUUUAAGUGCCUGGCAAAUAGUAAAUGCUUCAAUAAUAGUAAAUGCUUGUUUUGUUGUUAGUAUGAAGUGUUGUUAUGGGGAAGGAAGUAGAAUUGAGUUUAUUCUGUUCUCAUAAAAGGAACUUGGAAACAGGUUUUACAUUCUUUCAACAACAUUCACUGGUUAUUUAUUGAGCCCAUAUUAGGUAGCAAGGCCUUGGAAAGAUAACAAUGAAUAAAACAAAGUCCCUGCCUCAUGGAGCUUACAUUCCAGUGCGAUCCUUUUAGGGUAAUGUACCAGCAGAGGCUCAACAUACCUUUUGGAGGGAUAUUCAACUUGCAGGGACCUUCCAACCUAGCCUAUUGACAUCCAUUAGUCUCUAGGAAGCUUUACUGGCUAAAAUCAAAGCCAAUUCAGGUUAGCACCUCAUCUGUGGGUACUUUCCCAAAGCAAGUGAAAAUUGUGGAAGUUGGUCCCCGAGACGGACUACAAAAUGAAAAGAAUAUUAUACCUACUCCAAUGAAAAUCAAACUGAUAGACAUGCUUUCCGAAGCAGGACUCCCUGUUAUAGAAGCCACCAGCUUUGUGUCUCCCAAAUGGGUUCCCCAGAUGGCUGACCACGCUGAAGUCAUGAAGGGCAUCCAGAAAUUUCCCGGCAUCAGCUACCCAGUGCUGACCCCAAAUUUCAAAGGCUUCCAGGCAGCGGUUGCUGCCGGAGCCAAGGAAGUGGCUGUCUUUGGAGCUGCCUCCGAGCUCUUCAGCAAGAAGAACAUCAACUGCUCCAUAGAUGAGAGUGUGCAGCGGUUUGACGAAAUCUUGAAGGCAGCUCGGGCAGCCAGUAUCCCUGUGCGGGGGUACGUCUCCUGUGUGCUCGGAUGCCCCUACGAAGGGAAGAUCUCCCCGGCUAAAGUAGCUGAGGUUGCCAAGAAGAUGUACUCGGUGGGCUGCUAUGAGAUCUCUCUGGGAGACACCAUUGGCGUGGGCACCCCUGGGACCAUGAAGGAUAUGCUGUCCGCUGUCAUGCAUGAGGUGCCAGUGGCUGCCCUGGCUGUCCACUGCCAUGACACCUAUGGCCAGGCCCUGGCCAACACCUUGAUGGCCCUGCAGAUGGGAGUGAGUGUCGUGGACUCUUCUGUGGCGGGACUGGGAGGCUGUCCCUAUGCACACGGAGCAUCAGGAAACUUGGCCACCGAGGACCUGGUCUACAUGCUGGCCGGCUUGGGCGUUCACACGGGUGUGAACCUCCACAAGCUCCUGGAAGCUGGGGCCUUUAUCUGUCAAGCCCUGAACAGAAGAACCAGCUCCAAAGUGGCUCAGGCUACCUGUAAACUGUGAGCCCCUUGCCCCCCAAAGCCCUGGGGACUGUGUGGGAAUAGGGACAUGUGUGGAUGACUCACAGAUGGGCAUGUGGAAAUGGGAAUGAAAUCAACAGGAGGAGGCACCUCACUGCCAGCUCUGCACCUAGAUCUCUCCUGGCGGAAAGGAGGUGGACUGGAGUUGCCUGGCCUCAGGCCCUCCCUGCCUGACCUGAGUAUGAGUAAGAGACUUGGGCAGCUGGAGGUCUCCCUUCACCAUGGACCCAAAGGCCCAGGAGUUGGAUGCCUAAAGGCACUUGGGAACCCAAUUCUCUGACUUGGGUUGAUCCUCAAGUCUCAUCUCUGGGUGAAUCCUGCCAGUUGGCCACUCUGCACAGCCUGAUGCUGCCAUAUCCUCGGGGCCAUCGCUCGCUGACUUUGUAGGGCAAAGGGGCAGGGAGGAAUUUUUCCCUCAACUGGCAGAGGGCAUUUGGUGAAGGGGUGAGGGCUGAGCUGUGGUGGCCACCUGCCGACUCCAGCACCUCUGGAAAAUCUCCACUUUGAACAUGAUUGUUGAAAGCAGCUUAUGUAAUUAAAGGUUUAAUGACAUAACCA